UGUCCAGUGUGUUUUCAUUUUGUCAGCAACACGGACGUUUUUCCCGCGUUUAUAAAAAUGUUAGCGAUAUAAAAAAAUAAUCUGUCAAAUAAAAAGCGGGAAUUAUAUUAUUAGGAACGUUUGUUUUUAAAUUUUGAAUUUCGAAAAUGAAUGUUUUGUGCCAGUUGCUUUUUUUUCUUUUGAGCGUUAAUUUUGUGAUCCCACAAGGACCUGGCUCCGGGCAGAAUGGAAAUUUACGUCUAUGCAUAGUGGAAGGUCGGGGCCAGUACAAACGCGGCGCCAAGUACUGUCCGGUACUUGACGAAGAGAAUUCCAAAAUAGAAUGUGUACUCGGAACUGAUAGAUUGGAUUGUCUACGACGUAUUAGUAAAGGGACUGUUGACUUUGGAGUCUUCAGUCCUGAAGACCUGGUGGCUGCUAGAUGGGCUAAUGUUGAUGUACUGGUGACCAAUGAGUUACGAGACAGAGACAAACAAUUCGAACGCAGUGUAGUAGCAGUAGUUAAUAAGCGGAUAUUACCUGAUAGUGCUGCCCCCUUAACUUCGAUAUUAAGGAACAGUUCUCUCUGCCAUCCUGGCGUCGGUUUGGACGAUCUGCGCCCUCUCAGUGAUACUCUUUCUGGGUAUCUAGAAUCUUUGGUGCUAACAAGAUCGUGUGACCCGAAUCUCUCACUCAGUGAGAACAGGAUAAAAGCUCUCGCUGGAUUCUUUGAUAGGGCGUGUAAAGCCGGCCCUUGGGUACCUGAACCUUCCAGAAAUGCUGAAUUAAAGAAAAAGUAUCCAUCUCUCUGUGCCGCGUGUCGCUCGACUUGCUCUGAGACUGACCGCUACUGGGGCGAUGGCGGCGCACUCGCGUGUCUGUCUGAGGGCGCUGGUGACGUCAUGUGGUCGGAACUUAGUGACGUCAAAGCAUAUUUUAAGAAUACAGAAACAAGUCAUUUGGCGUAUCUCUGUCGUGAUGGUAGUUGGCAGCCUCUUGCUAACAACACGGAUCCUUGCGUCUGGCUGAACAGACCCUGGCCAGUGAUAGUCGCUAAAAGAAAAGCGGCUGCAGCGGUGAUCGCGUUAACACAAUCUAUACCAUCAAGCGCUGCAGCUGUGGACCGACACUGGAGGGGAGCGCUCGCAGCGCUGCUAGAGCUGCGUGCAGCGCCGGUGCCGCUGUACGCGCCGCGCACGCCGCUUGACCACCUCGCUACUGCACGCGGCUUCAGAGAGGCGUAUAGUCAGAGCGGAUGUGAUCCACCCAGGCACAUAACUCUCUGCACUAAAUCAGUGUUGGAGAAGAACAAAUGUGAGUGGUUGAGUGAAGCGAGCGCGGUGUACGGGGUCACGCCGCCCCUCCAGUGCGCUAUGAGAGCGAGCGCGCGCGAUUGCAUGGCCGCCGUGCGAGACGGAGACAGCGAUGUCCUUGUUGCUGAUAGUGAUGUGAUUGUUUCUGGUAUUAGAGACUUCGCCCUUACCGCCAUUCUCCACGAAGCGACACCCAUAGUUGAGAAAACUCAUACAGUUGUAGCUUACGUCAGAAAGGACGCCAUGUUGAAAAAAAUGUCAGAUUUACGCGGGAAACGAGCUGUUUUCCCGCGCUACGAUGGCGUCGCUUGGCAUUCUGUAUCAAAAUACUUUGCCGAUAAAUUAAAAGUGCCUUGCGAACAUUUUAUAAGCUUUUUCAGUGAUAUUUGCGCUCCAGGAGUACAAGAACAUAAUGCAACGAUUGAAAUUAUAGAUAAAUUAACCAAGAAUUGCUUGAAAGAGGAUGGUAAUGGAGAAUUGAACGCAUUAAGGAGUUUGAUAGAAGGAAAAAGUGAUGUCGCUUUCUUCAGUAUGAACACGUACAAUAAAUAUAGAGCAAACAUCAUCCAUGAGCCGUGGGCGCAAAAUAUUGUAGAAAUAAUACCGAUAUGCCCAGAAGAGAAUCCCGAAUACUGCUUCAUAAGUUGGUCGAAUAUCGGCCACGUGUUUGUCUCCAACAAGAAUUCCCAAAUGCGCAAACAAGAGAUCACAAACGUAUUCACAAAAAUCGACCAACUGUUUGGCAAACAUCAGCCAUUCCAUAGUCCAAUGUUUUCUAUGUAUGGACAAUUUAACCAUCAAAUGGACAUCUUAUUCCACAAUAACACGAAGAACCUAGCAUCAGAUAAUAUGUUAAAAUUGAACCCGUACGAUAGAAUACCGUUUAAUUUCGAACGUACUUUGACAGAUGUCAAAACUGACACCUGUCAAACGGCAGAUCUCAGCCCGGAUUCGAGUUUUAAAUCCACGCCUACUGUUUUCUUGUGUUUCGUAUCUCUAGUCGUUUGUUUAUUAUCUAGAUAAGUAAAUUGAUGUUUUUGAUUAAAAAAAUAAAUUAUGUUUAAAUUA